AUGUCUGUUAAAAACCCACCAGCAAUCGUCUUCAGUGACUUUGACGGCACAAUUACUCUCCAAGACUCAAAUGAUUACCUCACUGACAAUUUGGGAAUGGGUGGUACAAGACGUAAAAACAUUGGCCAGGAUAUUCUUGAUGGAAAAACCUCUUUUCGUGAUGGGUUCAGAGAAGAAUUGAAUUCUGUAACAACGCCAUUUGACGAGUGUAUUGAAAUUUUACUUGCCAACAUCAAGCUUGACCCCGGUUUCAUCAAAUUCUUUGAAUACUGUCAAGCAGAGGGUAUUCCCAUUGUUGUCGUGAGCUCUGGUAUGACGCCCAUCAUUUCUGCCCUUUUGGCAAAACUCGUUGGUCCUGAUGCAGCAUCCAAAAUCCAAAUCUUGUCAAACGACGUUAGACUCAGCGACAAUGGCAAGAACUGGGAGAUCUUGUUCAAACACCCAGACUCACCUUUUGGCCACGAUAAAGCACAAUCAAUCAAGGAAUACUUGACUAAUCACGGCUAUGCAGACUUGAAGGAGGAUAGCGAAGGCUUAGUUGUACCACAAUUGUUUUAUGCAGGUGAUGGUGUCAGCGACUUGAGUGCGGCAAAGGAAACAGAUCUCUUGUUUGCUAAACACGGAAACGAUUUGAUCACCUACUGCAAAAGAGAAAACAUUCCGUAUACUGAAUUUAACAGUUUUGACGACAUUUUGAGCAAAUUGCAAAAAAUCGUUGGUGGUGAGCCCAUCAAAACAUUUGUUGAGAAUCCUUAA